UGGAACCGCCAUGAAACGAACGGUCGCAGCAGCGGCGGUGGCGACGGCCGCGGCCAUCAACCCAUCGGACGUGUACUCUGUGUUAAUCCAAACUUCUGCAGGCAAUGUGACGUUGGAGGUGCAUCCUGCGUGGGCGCCGGUCGGUGCCGAACGGUUCACGCAGCUCGUUCACGAUGGGUUUUACACGAAUGCAGCGCUGUUCCGAUACGUCCCCAAUUUUGUCGUUCAGUGGGGGCUUCCCAGCGACCCCAACCGCAACACGUACGCUCCGAUUCGAGAUGACCUUGCUGUCGCGGGCAUCUCCAACACUGUCGGGACCAUGUCGUUUGCCAAGUCGGGCAAGGACACCCGGACGACGCAAAUUUUUGUCAACUUUCGAGACAACUCGCGCCUCGACGCCCUUGGAUUUACGCCGUUUGCCGUUGUCACGUCCGGCCUCGACGUCCUCGUGAACGACGUGUACUCUGGAUACAAUGAAGCGCCCAAGCAGCCAAAGAUCCAAGUGGAAGGCAACGUCUACCUCGACCGCGAGUUUCCUCUGCUCACGCACAUCCGAGCGGUGUCAAUGAUGUUGCCAUCGCAAGAUACUGAAUAAAGCGAUCGACGUGCUUUCAUUCCC